GUAGUCUGAGGAAUGCGGAAACGCUCCUGCUCUGUGUCAAACUGCUCUGAAGGGGGUCAAGGCACAUUCAGCCAGCGUGGGAAAGCGAGGAGGAGACCGAGCACACACAAGCACUGCAUAUUCUUGCAUAGAUGGGAAAAACAUAAAAGAGAAAGGACGGUUGGAGCGGAUCGAUGAAAAUCCACCACAUCUGAUCCACUCGGCUUUCUCGAGAGACAGAGAGAGUGAUCAGGCCACCCCUUUCACUUGUUUUGCCUGUUGAGUUGCCGUUGCAGUGGUGUGGUACCGCUGGAAGAUGGGGGUUAACGCGUGCACCAUCCGACUACCUGUGUGGCCCAUUGCUAGGACACUGCAAAAGCUGUGAUGUCUGUGGAGACGCUGGGAAAGUGAGCUCCGCUUUCUGCAACUUUAUGAAUGACGCGACUCUCCAGGCGGAAUAUAAUAAACUGGGCAGUGCACGUGCCAGCGCCGCUCUCCCAAUAAUGCCUUUGUGAAAUAUCCGCGCGAUCUUCACGUUUCGGGAUUCCCCGCUGUACUUCGCCGUGAGAGGAAAAAAAAACAUGGACAAAGAGACCCAACAAUAUGAGCCGGUGGCGGAGAUUGGCGAAGGUGCGUACGGGAAGGUGUACAAAGCACGGGAUUUGAAGAACGGGGGCCGAUUUGUGGCCCUGAAAAGAGUUCGCGUGCAGACCGAAGAAGAGGGAAUGCCCUUGUCUACCAUCCGCGAGGUGGCUGUGCUGAGGCAGUUGGAGUCCUUUGAGCAUCCCAAUGUGGUCAGGUUGUUUGACGUAUGCACAGUUUCCAGGACUGACCGGGAAACCAAACUAACUUUGGUCUUUGAACAUGUGGACCAAGAUUUAACCACAUACUUGGAGAAAGCACCUGAUCCAGGAGUGCCCCCUGAAACCAUAAAGGAUAUGAUGUACCAGCUGCUGCAGGGUCUGGAUUUCCUCCACUCUCACCGUGUGGUUCAUCGAGAUCUUAAGCCUCAAAACAUUCUAGUCACCAGUGGUGGACAAAUCAAACUUGCUGAUUUUGGUCUGGCGCGGAUCUACAGCUUUCAGAUGGUUCUUACUUCAGUGGUUGUCACAUUAUGGUAUCGUGCUCCAGAGGUGCUGCUUCAGUCCAGCUAUGCUACUCCCGUAGAUCUGUGGAGUGUCGGCUGUAUCUUUGCAGAGAUGUUCAGACGGCGCCCUCUUUUCCGUGGGAACUCUGAUGUUGACCAGUUAGGCAAGAUUUUUGACGUGGUGGGGGUCCCUUCUCCAGAGGACUGGCCUCAGGAGGUGGGCUUGCCACAAAGUGCCUUUUCCCCUCGUCCUCCCCAGCCCAUAGAGAACCUGGUGCCAGACAUGGAUGAGCUGGGCAAAUUGCUUUUACUUUAUAUUGAUAAUACUUUAAGGAUUUCUCAGUUACACACUGUGCUUAGUUGUUCCUUACAGAACAUUUCUGUUUUUUUUGUUCUUGUUUUUUUUUUUUUUUUGUCCCUACACAGCGUUUUCUGUCAUUUAACCCCUCCAGAAGGAUAUCAGCAUAUGAUGCACUGUCCCACCCAUACUUCCAGAGUCUGGACAGCACCAGCAAGAGUCUUUAUGCUCAACCCUUCCCUAGCAAAAAGCCCUCCCUGGAUGAGAGAGCUGCUUGAAAGACAUGGAUAUUCAUUUUAGACAUUGACCCCGAUCCUUACAGAACAUUUAUGUUCUAUUUUUGUCCCUACACAGCGUUUUUUUUUAUUUUAUUUUAUUUUAUUUUUUUGUCAUUUAACCCCUCCAGAAGGAUAUCAGCGUAUGAUGCACUGUCCCACCCAUACUUCCAGAGUCUGGACAGCACCAGCAAGAGUCUUUAUGCCCAACUCUUCCCUAGCAAAAAGCCCUCCCUGGAGGAGAUAGCUGCUUGAAACAUGGAUAUUCAUUUUAGACAUUGACCCUGAUCCAUUCCCCCUUUGAGCUAGUCUUCCAUAGCAUAACAUCACAUGCUGCUUUUAGAAUUUAAUUGAAAUACCAACUCAAAUAUUGGUUGAUCAUUUUUGCUCUCACUACUGCCAGCAAAUACAGACCAACAACAGAUAAACAUGCUGCCUGGAAUAACAUUCAAAAUGACUGAAGCUGCUCUUUUCUGCUCAGAGGAAAAUGUGCGUCUCGAUUCUGAAGCUGCAUCACAACACUGCCAGGGAUCAUCCAUCUGUUCGCAUGAAUGCAAUUUACAUGGACAGAUCGAAACUGGGUCUUAGUUGCAUAUCACUGCCAUGAAACAGCAACGUCUUACGUGGGAUUGUUUUAGUUUUACUUGGAGAUAGCACAAAUAGAACCGCAACUACUGCAAAUGUGGGCCCGUUAAACAGAACCUCUUAUAAUACACCUUAUGAUACAAUGGCUAAUUCGCAAUUUUUGCGCUCACAAUUCUGAAGCCCUCUCGGUCACAGGCCUAGAGGAUUUUGUUUUCUGUCAUUUUGUGACUGUUUUGUUACUGUGCAGUCCGAGCAGGAGUGUGUGGACACAGCUCCUCAUGUGACUUGGACACUGAUGCGUAGCCAUUUUAAUGACUGCAUAACUAAGGACACGCAGAAUCAUUUGGUGUUCUAUUGAUUAUGGCAUUUCACCAUUUCGCGUUCCCUCCUCGCAAGUCUCCCAGGCAUCCUGGUAUUCCCGUCAUUGAAUCGACCAGGACAGAUGCUACCAAACUCUUUGACUUCAAGCACUAUUUAACACCGUAUUUCCUUGACAUUAUAAUGUAAUUUUACAUGUAUUGUUUUUCAUUAUGAAUUCUACAUCCUAUUCACUUAUUUUAUUAUGUCAGUGUUGAUUGUUGACAUCUUUUGUUUUUGGCAUUGUGUUAUGUCUUAAUUUUAGAGAACUUGAAGGUGUAUGUUGUUUAGAAAGCUAUACAAUGUUGACUUAAACCAAACAGUCUGCACCCUGUUGUCAGAGAUUUAGUGCCAAGCCUAAAUAGUCGAAGGAUGACCCGCACAGGGUUGUAUAUUGACUUUAGGGUUGGAUUAGAGCAGAAAUAAGCCAAGAUGGGUAACAGAAAUACAGAGAAUAGCUUUGAAAGUCUAGUAAAAGUAGCUAUAGAGUUGGUGAGUGUUAUGUUAAAGGUCAGGUUGGGAGAUUUGUUAGCGGCUUGGAGGGUAAUGUAUUAUCCCAUUACUGAUCGAUUGAUUCAGUCCAGGUCCUUUCACAUUCAUGUUACGUUACAUCCUUCCAUUUCAUGGUCCAGAUAGAUGAUCACAAAAUAUGUAGCAAGCUGUAUUGUUGGCUAAAGGCAGGGGCGUAACUAGAGGGAGGGCAGGGUGUACAGCCGCUCUAGGGUCUGUGGUGAGAAGGGGCCCGCAACGGUCAACCAAAAGAAAUCAUAAAAAUGGCCGCAGGCCCGCGGGGUGAUGAAAAUCAACCAAGGCCCCCCCAAGGAGGGGGCCCGAAAGUUUCUUUGCACUGGGGCCUGCAAGAUCCAAUUUAUGCCACUGGCUAAAGGGGUUGCUAUUGCCCGUUCAGUGCCUUCAUAUGGCGAGAAAGUGGAGGGAAGGAAGGACGCUGCUUUAGGUGAAUCUGUUUUGAGAGACUAAAGGAGGAGCUAUAAGCAGGCACUGUAUUACAAUUCUACAAUAAAAUGUUCACACAGUAAAGCACUGAUGCUUGAUUACUCUCAGGAUCAGUAUACUCAUGUCACAUUCCAUACUCAGGUCUAUUUAUGGCUAUAGUUUUAGAUUCAACAAGGGUUCAGGUUGUGGCUAAACCAUUCAUCUAAAAGUAACGCCGAUUUGAUCGUGGUCUCAAAUCUGUCCGUUAAAUUGAUUCCAUAUGAAACUGUAGCACAAUAGGUGUUGUUGGUUUAUUUAUGUCACUGUUCAUUCACAUUUCCUUAAAUUCACUCACAUUGUUUUGGACUCAUCUUGGAACAGAUAAUGAAACGUACUCAUAGUAAUUUUAAUUUUUUAUUUAUAUAUUAUAAUAUUAUAAUAUUUUAUGUAUCAGAUCGCUGUUGUGCAGCAACAGUUGUACUGCUAGAAAAAAAAAUCCUUUUACAAAUAUUGUCUUUGAUUAUUCAUUUGUUGUCCCGAUGAAAUGUGCAUCAACCUACAAUCUAAUGCACAAUUAUUACAAAUGUUUAUCACUGGUGUUUAACACCGUCAUUUUCAAAAUCUCUGCUGAACUGACAUUACAGCUUUACCCUCCAAAUAAGUCUGUGAUUGGAUUUGGUGUUUUCAGAGGGCAUUCGGUAUCGAGCAAUGUAAACCAGUGUAACCGUAUGCCUUUUUGUUUGUGGGUCUAGUAUAGAACUAAUCCAUUUGUUUGUUUUUUUAGCUUGGUUAGUUUGGUGAAUAAUUCAUAGUGUUUUAUAAUUAUAAAUGUGUUCAUUGUUAGGCUUUCGAAUGUACGAUCAUUCUUGUUAGUGGUGGAAUUUGAAUUUUAGCGUGAAAUGUGGUCAUCAUGCUGAAAAAAAUAGCACCUUUGAUAUUUACCCAUCUCAGUGCUUUUUCCCUUAAAGUUUUUUUUUUUAUGAGCCUGUUGUGGAUUUAUUACAUUUGUUUAACUUUGAUUUAAAGGAAAAUACUUUUUGUUAUUUUAAAUGAUGUGCUUUAGUUAGUCAUUUUUAGAAUCUACUUGAUUCAUGUAAUCAAAUGCCAUUUUAAACAAAAUUUUGUGAAAUUGCUGGACAUUGGUACAUGAUAUUUUGCUCCCUACUACAUUUUUCUUUUCACUUUUUCUUAUUUAUUGAUAAUACGUCUUUAAGAUGAUUGUAAUGCUUUAAAAAGCAUUCUGUCAUUUGUAAUUACAAAAAUUGUAAUUACAACUCACAUUUUUGUCUAAUUGGACAGUGAUGAACUAAUGUUGCUGCACCUCAUCUAUCACGUCAGACUUGAACAAUUGUAAUGAAUUUGGCAAAACUGUUCCCAGGAGAACAGUAAAAAUAAUAUGUCUUAAAACCAUUUGAAAUGUUUUAUUAUUUUUAGUUUAAUUAUUAUUAUUGUAUUUUAUUUGUAUUAUAGUUUUACCAUAUUUACAUGGUUUAGUUUGUGCUAGGUUUUCCAGAUGACUUAAAUAAUUUAUAAUGUAUCCAAGACAUAGAAAACUUGGAAUUUAAAAUCAUUAAGCAGGAAAAUUCUAUUCAUUAAAUCACCAAAAAAUAUAAUAUGCUAAAUAAUGACACAAUAAAAUACAUUUUCUAAUCGAUAUGCACAACGUUUUCAUUCUGCUGCAUAGAUACCGUGUAUAAAACUGAACUGUUACCAUUAUGUAAGACUCCUAAAUGGGAUUUUAUCAGCAGCACAGUUAUAAUAUUAAUCAAUAACCAAGUGUUGGAUCAAUUUAGACCCCAUCAGAUGUUUGAUUUAUUCUACUUGUUCAUUGGAAAAUUAGGUAAACUGAUUGAAAGGGUCUCUUAGGUUUUAUGAUCCAUUUUCCACCAUUUUGUUUAUUGUGAUCAGAUAUAUUCUUUCUCAUAAUACAAUGUAUGUUGCUCUUUUUUUUUUAUGGGUUUAUGUAAUUGUUUUAAAAAGUAAUUCAUUUGAACUUUUCCAUUUUUAACUGUGCACAUUGAUUAGAAGUUGAACGUUGAUUAAAAGUUGAAUGGUCAGGGUUCUUUUUUUUUUUUUAAUGAUUUUAUUUUACAUUGGCUGGAGAGGGGUAAAGUGUAUUUUAUUGAUGCCCAAUCAGUUUGGUGUACUGUUUUUCUUUGUUUUUCAAUUUUAGCAGUUUGUUGUCAGCUUUCUGCAAUUCAUGUAACUAUUUUACUAUGGGGAUGAAAAAAUGUGGAUAUGAAAAUUUGCAAAUUUUUCAAUGCUUCAAUUGUCUUGUUCAACUGUGCAUGUAAUUCUUGCGUUAAAGUCAUUUUGCAUUCUUCUGCUUUUACCAUCUAUGUUUUUGUGUUAGGCAAGGAAUGCACAUGUGGACUUGGGUCACCAAGUAUAAGUUACUAUCAAGUGCAUGUGACAUUUUAAUUUUUGUUUAAAAAAAAACAAAAAAAAACAUGUCUUGUCUGGUUUAUCAUCCAGGUGUGAUUAGUCAAGUAAUGAUGGUUAAUCAUAAAGUAGAAUGUAUCACAUAUUAUGAUGGAAUGCUUAAUAUCAGAUUAAAAUAUAUUUCUUGUGAGCUAUGUUCCUGUUAAAAUGGCACAUUCUUAAAUUUAAAGCAGAUGUUUUAUUUCUAAAUUCAUUUCAUUUAGCUACUCUUGUCAGUAAAGUGCAGAGAAUUGUACGAUUUUGCAAGAACCAAAUUGAAAUGAGAUUGUUGGUCACCGUGCCCUUGUAUGACCUUGUUAGCUUUUUUGUUUUGUUUAUUUGUUUGAAGAAGGGUGAAUGAGAUAUGAAAGUGUUUUGUAUCUUUUUUUUUUCUCUGGACUGGUUUUGCUGCUAAUGUUUGUCUUAGGCUCCUUUUUGAGUUUUAUAAAACUGGCCCACUUAAAGAUGAUUCCAAUUUGCUGCCAUUGAGAAAAAGCUGCUUUUGCAUUUUUGUUUCUGUAUCUGCCUGAUGUUUUCAUAUUUUUGUAAAAUAAAUAUUCCAGUGUGUAAAACUGGGUUGCAAAA